CGCCGCACUCUCCCGCCGGCCCGGCCCGGCCUCCUGCCCUUGCCUAGAACGCUGUGCUGCCCUGCUGGCGCGCCGCGAGCCCCCGUGGGGGGCAGCCGCUGGGGGCCCCGCUGCCAUGCAGAGCCCCGCUGCCAGGCCUGGCUGAGAGGCCUGCAGCUGUACCUGGCAGGGAGGCCUGAGGGAAAGGUGCUGCCUUCAUCCAGCAGUGCCCCAGCCUGUGCCCCCGUUGGGCAGGGGCUGGCACCGCCUGCUGUUUAGCCCUGACGCGGAACCAGUGCCGGGGCCAUGUUCCCACGCCCCCUCACCCCGGUGUUGGUGCGGGGUGCAGAGAUGGGAGCCACCUCCCUACGCCGGGCUGCUGUGCCCACCCGUAUGCGGGGCAGCAGUCGCACCAUGUUGUUGCCCUCCAUGCUCAUGUUUGGAGUGAUUGUGGCUUCCAGCGGCCUGCUGCUCAUGAUUGAGAGGGGCAUUUUGGCAGAGGUGAAGUCACCACCGCUCCAUCCCUCGCAUGGAGACCUCGCUUGGAGGAGCAGUGGAAGCACCAGGGCCGUGGCCCCUGAGAACAUGGAUUACCAGGUGGUACAAGACAUUCGAAACAGAACAAUCCACACCAUAUGUGGGCAAAAGAGCAUGCCUCACAGCAUCUGGGAGCUUUCAGCAGGUCAGAGGAGAACAAUGCUCAAACACAUCCUGGUCAGUGAUAAAUACCGUUUCUUAUACUGCUACGUCCCCAAAGUCGCCUGCUCUAACUGGAAACGAAUACUGAAAGUUUUGGAUGGAGCACUGGAGAAUGUGAACGUAAAACUCAAAAUGGACCACAAAAAUGACUUGAUUUUUCUCAGUGACAUGAAGCCAGAUGAGAUCAGCUAUCGGCUAAAGCAUUACUACAAGUUUAUAUUUGUUCGAGAUCCAAUGGAGAGACUUUUAUCAGCUUAUAGGAAUAAAUUUGGAGAAAUCAAAGAGUACCAGUUAAAGUAUGGUGUGGAAAUAAUUAAAAGAUACAGAAAAAGCGCCCAAAAGUCCACAGGGGAUGAUGUCACAUUUUCUGAGUUUCUUCAGUACCUGUUAGAUGAAGAGGCAGAGAGAAUGAAUGAACACUGGAUGCCCAUCUACAAUCUAUGCCAACCUUGUGCGGUGAGGUACGAUUUCAUCGGAUCAUAUGAAAGACUGAAUAUGGAUGCAGAUUACAUUCUUGAACAUAUUCGAGCACCUUCUUUUAUCCGUUUCCCAGAAAGACAAUCGUGGUAUAAGCCUGUGACUCAGGAAACUCUACAUUACUAUCUAUGUAACACUCAACGUGGGCUUAUAAAAGAACUGUUACCAAAAUACAUUCUGGAUUUUUCAUUAUUUGCCUAUCCUCUUCCAAAUGUUACUAGUGAAUUUUGCAGGCAGUAAACCUUUUCUGUUUAUGGGUUGGACUAUGUGAAAAAGUUCUGUUGAUAAUGUUCUGCAACAUUUUUAUAUUGGCAAAAGCUCUUGUGUAGUUGCAGUUGUAUCAUAAAAGUACUGUUGCUCCUGUAGAUAAUCAACAACCAGUAUACAGUCUAUUGGCAAAAACACUUUUAUGCCAGUUUAAACUGCACCAACACUUGGAGGCUACGUCUACAUUGGCAAGAUUUUGCACAAAUACUCUUUAACGCAAGAGUUUUUGCAUUAGAGUAUUUGCGCAAGAGAGUGCC